UUUCGUUCAUUUCAUCUAAAUCACUGUCGCUUUUGUUGACUCUGACUGUUGUCGUAGUUCGCUGUGAAAUUUCACUCCAUUUCGCAUCUAAAAACCGAUAUAAGAAAUGGAACAGUUUUUGGGAAAAAAGUACAAGCUGACGCACAGUGAGAAUUUCGAAGAGUUCAUGAAGGCCCUCGGUGUCGGUUUCGCUACUCGAAAGGCGGGCAGCUUAGUUUCCCCGGUCGUUGAACUAACUAAAUCUGGCGAAUCGUACACGUUUACUUCAAACUCUACCUUCAAGAAGAUUGAGUUUACUUUCAAAAACGGCGAGGAAUUCGACCAGGAAACUCCAGAUGGUAGAAUGGUAAAGUCUACCAUAAAGGUCGACGGCAACACCCUGCACGAAAUUCAGAAGGAUGCGAAGGGCGAGCAAACCGUAAUAGAUAGAAUUUUCUCCGACGACGAACUAAAAAUGGAGUUGAAGUUCGGCAAUGUCAGCGCCACAAGAGUCUACAAGAUACACGCUUAAACGUCACGUGCCUUACAGCAACGAAGCCAUAUAUUUAAUACAUUUCGUGCCAUAUAGCAUCUUCCAUUCGAAAUGUGUCAAAAUUAUGUAGCUUUUACACUAAUACUGUGCAUGUUAUGUUAAGCUUUUUGAUACAGUAAAUUACUUGUAUAUUUAC